AGCUCCCUUUUGAGGAGGUGGCCGAAGCAGCUGUAAAGAAAUCGUAAAUCCCGAGUAUGAAAAUGAUGCACCGCUUUAAACCUCUUCUCUUUCUUACUUAGUUAACAAAAUACUGUAAAGCAUUUCUUCAUCGCUUGACUGAUCGGAGAAACAAAUGGCCCUAGAAGCCGCAGACGCCGCCACCCCUCCCCAAUUGGCCCUCGCCGACACCGACGUCAACUGGGAUAGGCUGGAUAAGACGAGGUUUCACGUGAUUGGGGCCAUUCUAUUCACAAUGCAGUCGGCUUUAAUACACCCUACUGCGGUUGUGAAGACACGGAUGCAAGUAGCUGGAUCGGACAUAUCUAGGAUGAAUGGACUAUCUGUUUUCAGGCACAUUAUCAGGAGCGAUGGCGUUCCUGGUAUUUUCAGAGGCUUUGCCACAUCGGCCAUUGGAUCGUUGCCAGGUCGGGUGCUGGCUUUAACUUCACUUGAAAUGUCAAAGGAUAUGACCCUGAAAUACACAAAAGGCCUGGAUAUGCCAGAAGCAACAAGAAUUGGUAUUGCGAAUGGAGUUGCGGGAAUGGUUUCCAAUUUAUUAUCAUGUGUAUACUUUGUUCCCUUGGAUGUGGUUUGCCAGAGGUUAAUGGUCCAAGGAGUUCCCGGAACUACAAUUUGCAAUGGCCCAUUUGAUGUUGUACGCAAAGUGAUAAGAGCUGAAGGAUUUCGUGGCUUAUACAGAGGUUUUGGACUAACAGCUACAUACCAAUCCCCUGCAUCGGCUCUUUGGUGGGGUUCCUAUGGUUCAGCCCAACAUAUGAUCUGGAGGAGCCUGGGCUACACUGAUGAUAUGGAAAAGAAACCAUCACAUGUAGAAUUGGUUAGUGUUCAAGCCACAGCUGGCAUGGUUGCUGGUGCUUGUUCUUCAUUGAUUACUACUCCUAUAGAUACUGUCAAGACGAGACUACAGGUAAUUGAUAAUUAUGGUGUAGGAAGACCUUCGAUAAUGAAGACUGCAAGGGCCCUUCUUAAAGAGGAUGGUUGGAUAGGCUUCUACCGAGGAUUUGGCCCUCGGUUUCUCAACAUGUCUUUCUACGGAACGACAAUGAUCGUGACCUACGAGCUCAUAAAGAGAUUGUCAGUGAAGCAAGAUUGACCAUUCAAGGCCCUCCAUUUUAUUACUAGUAGUAUAAUUUUGCCACUGACUGUAUUAGGUAGCAAAUUUUGGAAAUGAACUCGUGUGACUGAUAAUUCUUUACUUAGUCAUGGUUGAGUAGCAUUUCUCUUUUAUUUAUUGGCUAACCCCCUCUUUGUAAAAAAAAUGUUGUGUUUCAGUAGUUGGAUAAAGCUAGUGAGUGAUGCCCAUAA